CAGCAGUUCACCAUCUAGUCACUCAUUCUUACGAUCGCAAUCGCUCCUUUGCUAUCAAUCUGCCUCGGUCACAUUGAUACACCUCUACUGUCAACUUCUGAUCCGAUUCGUUGUUAUAUAGUCAAGAGCCAGAUAUUAGCCAUGACGCGCGCUCAGCAGACCCUCUCCGUACUUCUACUCGUCUCCUCGCUCUACCUUUCCCUAUACCUAGGACUUGUUCCACUCAACGAAAUUGUUCAGAAUGAAAUUAUUCCUGUUCUUCCCUUCUAUGCUCUGAUAUGCUUUGGAUGCUACCUUCUGGGCCGCUUGGGCUUAGCGAUUCUUACUUUUAAUGAUGUCCCGGAGGCGCACACGGAGCUACAAAAGGAGAUCGAACAGGCUAAGGCUGAGUUGCGCCGAGCAAAUAUCGACGUUGACUGAAGUCAUUGGCGCGGGCGGACGAUUGGCUUACUGAAUUUCUCAGAAUGUACUUCACUGCGUGGGCUCUUCACAUGUGCCGUCUCCCUGUCCUGCAACCCAUCUGAAAGAGCUUUAUGUUUGGCGCAGCAUUUUUUCAAGCGUUGGAUGCUACGGACACGAGUCGAUGUUUUUGGAGCUGCCUCAACAUGUAGCUUUAGACUUAUCUAGCGAAAGACACCUAAAAUCCCAUC